AUGGCGUCCGUCCUUUUGUUCCUUUGCUCCGCAUUGCUCCUGAGCCAGUCGGCCGCUGCGUCGCGCGCCUUUGGAGCGCGCCGCUCCCUGCUGGAUGACGAGAUCAAGCCGGCCCCGGCGUCAAUCGGCGCGGCGGUCCCGCUGGCUUACUUUGGGCCUGCUCCAUCUUCGGUUAUGAAGGAGCUGGUGGGUUCCGUUCCAGCUGCUCACGUCCGGCACGAUCGACCUCGACGCGGGUACGAUGACGAUGCCCCUGUACCGUGGGAUGGUGGCGGGAGCAAGCAACUCAACGGGGACGGCCAGCAGGGCGGCUUCCUCGACCUCCGGAGCGACCGUCUGGUGAGCAGAGAGACUAAUGUGGGAGCAUUUCUGAAGCAAAGCUUUUCGAAACAAUCAUGUUUCGAUGACUUUGAACAAGAGUGGUACGUUCUGACGGAUACGAGCGACUUUCAGAACGCCGCCGCGCUCGGCCUCAACCCCUCCGCCAAGCUGACGUAUGGCAACGCCCCGGGAGCGGCCCGACAGGCGACUCUUCUGAACGAUGGCACUCUUCUCUUCGCUUCUGGCAUGGUCGACUUUUCCCCGGUGCACAACAUCGUCCCGGGGGAUGCCCCCAACUACUUCCCCCCGAAGAACGUUACCGCCGGCUCCAAGGGCGACGAGAACUACUCCCCCUUGUUCGUGCUGACGAACGGCGGUGGCCACGUAUACAACGGCCCCAUCAUUGCGGGUGACGUCACGGCUGCCCAGCUGAGCCCUUUCUGCGGGGGGAUCCCCACCAACAUGAUGGCCGAGGCAUACGCGAUGAUGCACGACAAGAUCGUCUCCAUCUGCCCCGACGGCGACGGCGGCAACGUGACCCUCAAGCUGACCCCGGGGUUCUCCUUCGGCAAGCCGGUACUAUACCACAGUUUGGAGGGGUCCGCCGCUCUCCCGGCAGCCCUCGAGCUGGCCACGGAGGCCCCCGCGCUGACCAACCUAGUUGUCGGGAUGGACGACGGCGCGUUUUCCGCCGUAGAGCGCCUCUUCACAACCACCAACGGUUACACUAACGGCGACAUUAACGUCGCGCAACUCAAUAGCACCAAUGGACUCGAGGAGAACCACCCUCUGCGCCAGGGCCUGAACAGCGCUGUGCGUGGCGACAGCAGCGGCGCGGGCCCGCUGAACAUUCUGGGGGGCAUUCCCACCGUAGCUACCGACUACAGCCCGCUGUGGGACUUGAACGUGGGCCAGUGGACCGACUACGCCGUCAAGAACUACUACCGCACCCAGAUCAGGGACGAGUUCACGUAUUUGGGCAAUGUGCAGCAGGGCUUCAUCACCGGGCCAGGAGGCGCCCCGUUCGGCUCGAGCGGCUUCAUCGUUAACUGCCCAAUCGCCUACCGCUUCUUGUAG